AUGACUAGCGUUGUUGAUGUCUCCUGUGGCGUCGUCAAACCUGGAUACGGGAUCGGAGUGGCGUCAUAUUCAAAACCUUCUUCUACUUACGGCGAGAGCUACACGACAACCAACACGCCUUAUCAGAAAUACGAAACGACUACUGUCAAGUCGAAUUCGUACUACUCCACGCCGGCUCCUUCGUACUACCCGUCAACGACUUGUCGUUAUUUUGCGCCGUCUUAUUCCAUUGCUGGCUACAAAACUGAGGCUCCAACUUACUACUCGACGACAGCUUCUUACUUCUCUGCUCCGUCUUACGCCUCUCCUAGCUACAAAGCUGAAGCCCAAUCCCAUUACGCAACAACGGCUACUUAUUAUACUUCAACAGCUGACACCACUCCUGGCUACUAUACCACAGCUGGUUAUCACUACGAGAGUGCUGCCUAUUUCGCUUACACAACAGCUGCUCCUCACUACGAUGUUGCAUCAACUUAUGGAGCUGAAUCCGACCAUCACGAGUACAAGCCCCUCACAAAGAGUUCUUCUUAUUCUGCGCCAGAUUAUACCACUGAUGGCUACCGGUACGAAGAGCAUGGUUACCAUACCACUACUUCUAGCUACGCAUAUGGACCUGCUCCCUUCACCACAGGGGCUCCUUACCAAGCUGCAGCGAGCCACUAUUUCCCCAGCGAUCACUAUAGCCCAUACGACCUGGAAUCUACUCCCGGUACCUAUGAAGAAUCUUCUUCCCGCGACAAUGCCGGCGAUUUACCCGAGGAAACUGAUUCAUACUACUCAGCUGCUACGCCGUCCUACCAGCAGGACUCUUUUGAAUAUGACGCCAACAAAGUUGCGCGUUACCUGCAAGAGAGUCCAACUUACUACACCACAGCAGCUCCUUCCUACUACACCACCAAAUAUGCCAGUUCAGUCUUCCAGUCUCCGCAUUAUGAAGAGGAACAUCCAAACUACUACGCUCCCGCCUACACAACUGGCAAGCCAAUCUAUUACACCACAACCCCGUGUUUUAGGUACUACGUUGCCCCGGUUCCUAACUACUACAGCCAACCGACUACUAGAUACUACUACGAGAAUCCUCCCUACCCCAGCAGCAAACCAGCUUCGAGCAACGGUUACCAGCCUCGGCAGUCUUUUCUUACCUAUAGCUCAUACCCAUCAUAUCAGAUGAAUUAUCAAAUGGCGCCAACUUAUUACAGAUAUGUUUACUAG